UCAGCCUCGCCCAGCAAAGCUUCGCCUUCGCUUUUCGCGGCUGCGGUGGCCCGAAGGGACCGGCCACCGGAGCGGCUCUUGGAGAAGCCGGUUCGAAGGAUGAUGUUUUCCUUGAGGAAUCUCAGGGGGCCGCUGGGUUGGUGACAAGUCCCCAUUUCCACCUGAAGAGAAGAAACCACCCCCAAACCUUGAAGCAGCAAUGCUGGUGAAAGAAUACCGGAUUUGUAUGCCUCUCACCACUGAAGAGUAUCGAGUCGGGCAGCUUUACACCAUCAGUAAGCACAGCCACCAGGAGAGCGACAGAGGAGAAGGGGUGGAAGUGGUGAAAAACGAGCCUCAUGAAGACCCUAUCCAUGGCCAGGGUCAGUUCACCGAGAAGCGAGUCCACCUGUCCAGCAAAUUGCCUAGCUGGGCUCGGGCAGUAACACCACGGAUCUUCUAUAUCACCGAGAAAGCCUGGAACUAUUACCCAUAUACCAUCACAGAGUACACAUGUUCGUUUCUGCCCAAAUUUUCUAUCUACAUAGAGACCAAGUAUGAAGAUAAUUGUGGAAAUAGCACCAAUAUAUUUCUCAAUGAAAAAAUCUUGGGAGACCAUGAAGUGUUGUUCUUGGACAUUGCUUUUGAUGAAAUCCCAGUCCGCUACUACAGGAGCUUAGAGGAUCUCCGGUCCUUCUGCUCAGUUAAGACUGGUCGCGGGCCACUACAGGAAGGCUGGCGGGAAUAUACAAAGCCCAUCAUGUGCUCUUACAAACUGGUGACGGUCAAGUUUGAAGUCUGGGGACUGCAAACACGGGUAGAACAAUUUGUCCAUAAGGUCAUUCGAGAUAUUUUACUCAUCGGGCACCGCCAAGCCUUCGCCUGGGUGGACGAGUGGACUGGCAUGACCAUGGAUGAAGUCCGCUUAUAUGAGAAGGAGACCCAGCAGGCCACCAAUGAGAUUGUGGGCAUCAUGACGCCCACCAUCUCCAUCAGCGAAGUCCAGCUGCCCCCCGGUACUCAGAGUGCCCCCUCCAGUGCCCCCUCCACGCCACUCAGCGGAGAAGCCCCCGAGUUCCUCCAUGCGCCCAAGGACCGCCAGAGGAAAAAAUCCGCUCCAGAAAUGCUCUCGCUGCCAGUGCUGCGGGAACAUUCCAACCUGGAGUAACAACCGCCUCAUGUCCAGAGUCCCUAUUCUGAUCCUUGCAAAGGAGGCUCCCUAAUUCAUUUUCCCCGAAGAGGAUCCGGUGUCCCUCGUGUUUUUUUUUUUCUAAAUUGUUCUUUAAUUCCAGGCCUUGCCUUGUAUCCAGCAAGAGAGAACUCCCGUUGAUGGGGGCAAUUGUUAAAUGGUGUGGGUGCCUUGGGAGAACUUGGGGGAUUCCACCAGAUCUUGGAAAGAGCUCCAAGCCUUCUGAUCUGUCCCCAGGUCCUUCAAUAUCACAUUCCUGGCCAUGUCUUUGUUGCCUUGGGCCAAAAGGGUAUUUGCGGGGGGGGGGAGGGGGGCAUACCAUUGGACCAUUGCUUGGCCUUCUAGCCUACAUGGCUCAGCCAACCAACAUAAAUUGGGAUCUCCUCUCUCUGUGCAGGGGGAGGAAGCAUUGGGCAUGGCUCUGUUGCAGAUGGAAAGCUGGGCAACAUAAAUCCCAUGCCAGAAAAUCCACCCUGGAAAUAGAGCUGUUGUGAAGGGAGGCUAAUUCCCCAUUAGAUCACAUGUUCUUGCCUCCUGCUUUAAGGAAAGGCAAUUAUGUGUGUGUGUGUGUGUGUCCACAUAUGAGUUAUAUCCACAACUAGAGAGUACAAAUAAUCCAGAUGCUAAAAGCUCCGUUAAACUUACAGCGAUGGCUCCGUUAGACAGCCUUUAACAGCCAUAGUUCAGCAUAGUCUUCUUGCACCAGCCCUGCAAAAAAGGUGUCCUCUGAAGCCACCCAGAAGGUCUUCCAUUGAAGUUCACACCUGGGUGCAGAAGAGAUGGGGUGAGACCUCUGGGGAAAAUGCCCUGCCUCUUUGUUGAAGCCCACUGUUUGCCAGACAAGAGGAAAUUGUCAAAGGAAAAGAGGACAUCAAAGGAAGAUGGGUAGCCCCAACCAUCACUUCUUCAGGGUGGCCGUUUUGUGGGCCCCAACAAUUUGCUUUUGAUCUGCUUUCUCCCACCCACCCACAAUUUUAAAGCAAAGCAAAGGCUGAAAGGCAUUUUCGCCUUGUACACUGGUAAGCCACUUGACUAAAUGCUUUCCUGCUGUUUCAAGCAGGUAAAAACCUAGCUAAGUUCCCUUCGCAUGCUGGUCAGCUGCAUGUUACCAUUGAGAGUCAUGGUGGCACAAUGGUUAGA